AUGGAUAAUAACAGUGAUAAGAAAGACGAUGCUAGUGCUCAGAAGAAAGAAGUGCUCUCAAGUUUACAGAAAAUAUGUUUAGUGUGUGGUGAUAAGGCUCUAGGUUACAACUUUAACGCGAUCUCGUGUGAGAGUUGCAAGGCGUUCUUUAGACGAAACGCCUUGGCUAGCAAAGAGUUCAAGUGUCCGUUCACGAACAACUGCGUAAUCACAGUGGUGACGAGGAGAUUUUGUCAAAAAUGUCGAUUAGAAAAGUGUUUGUCUAUAGGCAUGGUAAAGGAAUUCAUUAUGUCGGAAGAGGACAAGGCGGAAAAGAGACGGAAGAUAGAAGAAAACAGAGCUAGGAAACGACAGCGCGAUCCUGACGACGCAGUGACUAGCUCGAAGAAUUUGAAGAGGGAUGAUGAGGGUGAUACUGGACUCAUCCCGUUGCAGGAUACUGUGAUACAGUAUGACACUCUCAGUACGACGUGUAGCCCUAGUAGUACGGUGCAGUCCCCACUGGCCAGUGAUCUAGAAGCAUCCUUACACUCCCCACUGUACAACUACACUCCAGCGCCACCUGUGCCCACAAAUGAGCAGCCGUACCCAAUGAAGGUGUACCCAAUAGAUGAGAAGUCUAUAAUCAACAGAGGGAUAUAUGACCAGAGGAUGAUGGACUCAUACAACAUGUAUGAGAAUGUUGACAGUAACAACAUUUAUCCAGUGGAGCCACCAAAGCAGAAUAGUAUAAGAUCAAUAUUGACAAAUAGUGACAAACCCGCGCCGAGGGAGGCUCGGCCGCAGCACGUCUGCGAGGAGAUCCCGUCCACCAGCAACAAUCCUGAUGUCAACAAGGCGAGGGAUAUACUGCAAGAUGUGGAGAGAAUAGAGCCAAACUCGAUGGAGUCGAUAUUGUGUGAGGCGAUCAAGCUGGAGUUCGAGGCGUACACGUCCGUCAAUCCGUGCAGUGGCUCCUCCCGGGAACUGAACGAGGUGGAACGUGCGAAGUUGAACGAGUUGAUAGUAGCCAAUAAAGCACUGCACGCGCCCAUAGACGAUGACGUCACACAGCUCGUGGGAGAGACUGCCAGCUCGGCUGGGUUCAAGGGUGGGGACGGCAAGCACGACCCGCGGUUGAUCACGAUAGUGAACCUUACUGCUGUGGCAAUACGGCGGUUUAUUAAGAUGGCGAAGAAGAUCAACGCCUUCAAGAAUAUGUGUGAGGAAGAUCAGGUGGCGCUACUGAAGGGUGGCUGUAUAGAGAUGAUGGUGCUCAGGAGUACGAUGACGUAUGACGGACAGAGGAAGCAGUGGAAGAUCCCCCACUGCCAAGAACAAUUCGGCAGUAUACGCACGGACGUGCUGAAGCUGGCCAAGGGCAACAUAUAUCGGUCGCACGACUCGUUCAUCCGGUCGUUCGAGGCGCGAUGGCGGACGGACGAGCACGUCAUACUCAUUAUGUCCGCCAUCUUGCUGUUCACCCCCGACCGACCCAAGGUCGUGCAUCCUGACGUCAUCAAGUUGGAACAGAACUCCUACUACUACCUUCUACGUCGUUACUUAGAAAGUGUCUACCCGGGAUGUGAAGCGAAAUCAACCUUCUUGAAGCUAAUACAGAAGAUUCUCGAGCUACGAAAAUUGGCUGAAGAAGUGACUGGAGUGUACCUGGACGUGAACCCCAUAGAGCCAUUGUUAAUGGAGAUAUUCGAUCUGAAGCACCACGCCGCAUGA